AUGGCUGGCAGACAGUCUUUUAGCGGGCAGGCUGCACCGCUUGGACAGGCCGUUAUGGGCCUGACGAGCCGGUCCUGUGGGCGUUCGCUCCUGGAUGCUGUCCGGAAUAACUCCGUGGAGGCUGUCCAAGAUAUACUUGGUAGCGGCUGUGACGACAUCAAUCAAUGUGAUAACCAGCAAAACUCGCCGCUCAUCCUUGCCGCCUCCAAAGGUAGCGUCGCGCUCGUGAGGCUGUUGCUCGGCGCCGGUGCCGACGCGAGCCGCCAGAACUCCUCGGGCCACACAGCGCUAACUCGUGCGUGCGCGGCGGGCAAGGACAACCACGGCAACACAGCGCUGCUUUGGUGCGCACGCACCGGCAACGCGCAGCUCUGCAGGCUACUCAUAGAUGCCGGUGCGAAUGUCAACCAGGCCGACACAGGUGGUCGCACGCCCAUCUUCCACGCCUGCGUCGCUAACUCCCUGCCCGUUGCGGAGCAGCUCAUCGCCGCGGGUGCAGACCUUGGCGUCCGCGAUACCGUGGGCAAAUGUGCAUUUGACUAUGCACAGAAUCCGGAGAUGCGCACGCUGCUCCUCAGCUCCGGCUCCUUCCCAGAGGGCAGCCGGCGAACAAGCUUCAACAUCGGCGGCGCUGGGACGGUCACCAUGCGAAGCCGUGUGAGCAGCUCCCGUCCAUCGGCGGCAUACCACGCGCUAACGGGUGCCGUACAGGCGGGCAAUGAGGCGGCGGUGGCGGCCAUGCUGGCGGCGCCGGGCUCCGAGGCGCUGAUGGCGCAGCGCGAUAUGCUGCACAACAGCGUGCUGCACGUGGCGGCAUCGCGGGGGCUUUUGCCCAUCAUGGUCAAGCUUCUGGAGCUAGCGCGGCAGCAGCACGUAGACAUUGACGAGCCGAACAUUGACGGGCACACGGCGCUGUACCUCGCCUGCCGUGGCGGGCAUCGCGCGGUGGUUCAAGUCCUGCUGGGAGCUGGCGCGUUGCCAAAUGUGGCGUCGCGGGAGGCCUCCACGCCACUGCACGCGUGCGCGGCUGGAGGACAUGCCGACAUUGUACGGCUGCUGCUGGACCGAGGGGCUAACCUGAACGCCGCCGACUCACACGCCAAUACGCCGCUGCUGCGCGCUGCAGAGCUGGGCCACGCCAAUCUGCUGCUGGCGGCGGGCGCCAAUCCGAACAUCUCGGACAACGUCGGCGAGACGCCACUUAUUGAGGCCGCGACAGCGGGCGCACUGAACCUAGUGCAGACGCUGGUGGCUCACGGAGUAGACGUCCAAGCGUGCAACCACAUCGGCGAGACGGCGUUGAUGCGGGCUUCCGUGCACAGUGACCCGGCCAUCGUGGAUGAAUUGAUUGCCGUCGGGGCGCGGCUGGAUGCGGCGGAUCGAGAGCUAGGCUUCACGGCCCUGAUGUAUGCAGCCAGCCAGGGGAGCGCGGCAGUAGUGGGGCGGUUGCUAGCCGCCGGCGCGGCAGUGGGCCAUGCCAACAACAUGGGCAUCUCCGCGCUGCUGCUGGCGUCCCGCUCCGGUUACUUGGAAGUGGUCGACCGACUGCUGCAGGCGGGGGCCUCCAUAGACCAGGCGGACUUGAAGGGCUACACUCCGCUCAUGGUGGCCUGCGUGGGCGGCUACAUGAGCGUCGUGUCGCAUCUGCUUCGUGCGGGCGCCAACGUCAACCUGCGAAAUUACGAGGGCUACACCGCACUCUCGGCGGCCAUGGAAUUCGGUCAGAAAGCCGUGGCGGAGCUGCUCGUACGGCAUGGAGCUGACGCGUCCGCCAUUACCGGCGGCGGCCAAUCGGGCUACGGCGCCGUCAACGGCAACAGCUCGCUCAAGGCCGCUGCCGGGUCGAUUCACCCCAGCAGUCAGGCAGGUCUAGCCAACAGCCUACACGGCGUCGGCAACAGUGGUCAAAUGGCCCUGGACGGCCCGCCUGGCGGCGGCGGCGGCGGCGGCGGCGGUGGAGCCGGCGGCAGCGCAACGUCCGCGGGUCUGCGGCUCACGGCCCCUGACAUGGCCGCGUCCGUGGCCAACCGCGCUGCUACCGCCAGCAGCCUUCAGAUGCACCUGGACGGCCUUCCGAACAGUGUUCUCGCUACCAGCCUGCCCAGGGAAGGCAGCGGGGUGCCGGCCGUCAGCGGCACAUUGGGGCCGCUUGUUAGCCACACCGCCAAGUUUAUUCAUGAGCUGGACGCGUACGACCUGCUACAGCGGCGAAACAGCAGGAACGCCG